AAGGGGCAGGGACGGGCUGAGACCCGGACCCGCGCGGCGCAGAGAAAAUGCCGCUCUGCCCUCUCGGUGGGCUUCUGUUUCUAACUCGAGGGCUCGUUCAAGGGCUGAGAGGGAGGGGGAAGGCCUCGGAUGCGGGCCCUUCACGCACCCUGGCACCAACUCGGCAACCUCGGCGCUGAGUCCUCCGUGCAAGCGCCGACCAGGGAGCUGCAGGGGGCCGAGAAAGGAAUAAUAGAGGGGAUGGCAAGCGUGCGACGGCGCCCUCCGCCCAGGCGCAUGCGCACGGCGACCCUCACCAGAGCUGGCGAGAGAAAGACUCCCGCGUGAGGGCCAGCGGGAUCUCAGCACUUGCUGCUGCGGGAGGCGGGGGGCGGCGCGGCGCCACUGCGCAUGUACGCCUCCGCCCACGUGACCAACACGCCGCCCGCCCCCUCCCGCCGUCGAGUUGACGUGGAGGGCUGCUGGCUAUAUUGGCGGCGGCGGCGGCGGCGCCCCGCGUCCAGGCUCGCGGGCUGCGGGCCCGGGGGCGUACGCCAUGGAAGAUUUUGACCUGGGAGAUUUCACCAUAACGGAUUAUGCUUUGUUAGAAGAUUACUCUCAUGGGCACAACAGUGUCUGUGCUCCUGGAUUUAUGAACAGUGAUUAUGUUCGUGUGACUCAGCUUUACUGUGAUGGGGUGGGUAAGCAGUGUAAAGAUUACACUCAGAGUGAGAAGAAUGUAGAAUUUGACAUCUGCAGUCUAUGGUGUAGUAAACCAGUUUCUGUUCUGCAUGAUUACUGUGAUGCCAUUAAAGUGUAUGUUUUCUGGCCACUUCUGUUUCAACGCCAGCAAAAUUCUGUGGUGUCACGAUUACAUCCCUGUGUGGAGACCAGCAAUUCUCGUGCUUCUGAGAUAACUUUGAAGAAAUUACAACAUCUUGAGCUGAUGGAAGAUAUUGUAGAUUUGGCAAAGAAAGUUGUGAAUGAUUCAUUCUUUAUUGGAGGCUUAUUAAGAAUUGGUUAUAAAAUAGAAAACAAAAUCUUGGCAAUGGAAGAGGCUUUGAAUUGGGUGAAAUACACAGGUGACUUAACGAUUCUGCCUAAAUUAGGAGCACUUGACAAUUGUUGGCCUAUGUUAAGUAUUUUCUUUACUGAAUACAAGUAUCAUAUAACCAAAGUUGUAACGGAAAACUGCAAUUUGCUUGAAGAAUUUAAAGCCCAAAAUUGUGCAGAGUGUAUAGAGCAAGGAGAACUAAUGAAAAUGAAGGGAAAUGAAGAGUUCUCCAAAGAAAGAUUUGAUAUAGCUAUUAUCUAUUACACCAGAGCCAUUGAAUAUAGACCUGAAAAUCAUCUUCUUUAUGGUAAUCGAGCUCUAUGUUUUCUUCGCACUGGACAAUUGAGAAACGCACUUGGUGAUGGGAAGAGAGCCACCAUUCUGAAGAACAGUUGGCCAAAGGGUCAUUAUCGUUACUGUGAUGCUCUUUCUCUGCUGGGGGAGUAUGACUGGGCUCUGCAAGCAAACAUAAAAGCCCAGAAACUCUGUAAAAAUGACCCAGAGGGAAUCAAGGAUCUCAUUCAUCAGCAUGUAAAGUUACAGAAACUCAUAGAAGACCUCCAAGGUCGAACAUCAUGUAGGAGUCACAUUAAGAAAGCCUGCUGUGAAGGCAGGGCCUACAUACCUAGGACUGGAUCAGCACCUGCAUUUAGUACUUCACUUAACUUUGUGGAACUUGGAACAGAUUCCAAGAAAACUGCCCACGAAAUGGCAAGUGGUGGUCAUCCAAAUGGAAAGGUGGUAUAUGCGAUUUCGAAGGGAAAUGAUUGUGACUGUCUGGAAUUUCGUUCUUCAUCAGGUCAUCCUCCAAAACAUAGAGGAAGACACAGAUCCCGACACAAUGAAUUGGAGAAGCACAGUUCUAGUUCACAGUUGAAUUUACAGAUAGAUUUGAAAAGCAUCUUGGACAAACAGUUGUCUAAAUCUUCCAGAGCUGCACACCAGGAUUUUUCGAAUAUAAUGAAAAUGCUGAGAGGCUUGAUUCAGGAUGGUUGCACAGCCUUGUUGGAACAGCGUUGUCGCAGUGCUGCACAGGCCUUUACAGAGUUGCUCAAUGGUUUAGAUCCUCAAAAGAUAAAGCAAUUGAACUUGGCCAUGAUUAACUAUGUCUUAGUAGUCUAUGGACUCGCUAUUUCUCUCCUUGGAAUAGGACAGCCUGAGGAAUUAUCAGAAGCUGAGAACCAGUUUAAGAGGAUUAUCGAAUUCUACCCCAACGAGGGACUUGAUUGCUUGGCCUACUGUGGAAUUGGGGAAGUAUAUUUGAAGAAAAACAGAUAUGUAGAUGCUCUUAAUCACUUUGAGAAAGCAAAAACCUUGAUUGGUCGUCUUCCUGGAGUGUUAACUUGGCCCACAAGUAAUGUGGUUAUUGAAGAGACUCGGCCAGGGAAAAUAAAGAUGGUUCUAGACAGAUUUAUUGAAGAAUGCAAGUUCCCUCCUGUGCCAGAUGCCAUUUGUUCCUAUCAGAAGUGCAAUGGAUUUUCCAAAAUCCAGAUAUACGUAAGCGAUCCAGACUUCAAGGGUUUUAUACGGAUCAGCUGUUGCCAAUGCUGUAAAAUAGAAUUUCAUAUGAACUGUUGGAAGAAGUUAAAAGCAACCACCUUCGAUGAUAAAAUUGACAAGGAUUUUCUACAAGGAGUUUGCCUUACCCCUGACUGUAAAGGUGUCAUUUCUAAGAUUGUCAUCUUCAACAGUGCUGGUCAAGUUAAAUGUGAAUUUGAACACAAGGUCAUAAAAGAAAAGGUUCCUCCGAGACCUAUUCUGAAACAGAAAUGUUCUAGCCUACAGAAGCAACAGCUGAAGGAAGACAAGAGACUGAAGAGAAAGAUCCAAAAAAUAGAAGCAAAAAGAUUAGUACAAGAAAGAUUGGAAGAGGACUUAAGAGCAAGUAAUCCACCCAAAAAUGAAGAGCAGAAAGAAACUGUGGGACAUGCCCAGAGUUGCCAGUUCAUUGAUGACAGAAUUCUGCAGUGCAUAAAGCAGUACUCAGACAAGAUUAAAUCCGGCGUACUGGACACUCCCAAGCUUCUCAGAGAAUUGCUUUCCUGGAAGGUGUUAACCAUAGACGAUUACGCAACGUGGUUUACCAACAGAAAUUGUGUAAAUGAAGCAGUGGACUUUGUCAUUGGUCUCUUGAUUCAAGAAAAUAAUAGAGUGAAGACAAGAAUAUUUCUGCAUGUUUUGAGCGAGUUUCAAGAAAUGGAGCCCAAAUUAGCCACCUGGAUCCAGAAGCUCAAUAGCUUUGGCUUGGAUGCCACAGAAUCUUUUCUUUCUCGUUGUGGUGCUUCUCUUAAGGAACUUGAUUUUAGCAUCCUGAGUUUUCUCUGGAAUGAGAAAUAUGGAAAUAAAUUAGAGUCUAUUGAAGGAAAGAACCUGGAUUAUUUCUUUGAACCAACAUCGGUGAAGGCAGCACGCUGUUUUAUAUGGCUGCUAGAAGAUCACAGAGAGAAGUUUCCGGCAUUGCACAGUGCUUUAGAUGAAUUCUUUGAUAUAUUGGACAGCCGCUGUACUGUGCUAAGGAAACAAGACUGUAGCGAUGUGCCAUUUACUUCUACCAAGGUGAAAAACAAAGGCAAGAAAAAGAAGCCAAAAGAUUCAAAGCCUAUGCUAGUUGGGUCUGGAACCCCUUCAGUAACACCAAGUACUGAGACUGUGACUUCAGGUGAAGACCCGAAACGCAAUUCCAGUUCUGCAGGCCCAUUUGUAGUGCCUGAACAUCUUCGGCAAGAGGUGGAAGAAUUUGAAGCCCUCUACGAACAGCAAAAUACUGAAUAUAUUGUCCGUAAUAAGAAAGUGUGGGACGUUAACCCAAAACAAAAAAACUCAACUCUUUAUGACUACUUCUCUCAGUUUUUGGAGGAACAUGGUCCCUUGGACAUGAGUAACAGGAUCUUCUCUGAAGAAUAUGAGUUUUUCCCAGAGGAAACUCGACAGAUACUGGAAAAAGCUGGAGGUCUGAAAUCUUUUCUCCUGGGAUGUCCCCGUUUCGUGGUGAUUGACAACUGUAUUGCAUUGAAGAAAGUAGCGUCACGGCUCAAGAAAAAGAGAAAGAAGAAAAACAUGAAGGCAAAAGUAGAAGAACUUACAAAAGCAAUAGAGAUGGAACUGUUUUUACGAAUUAAACUACCACUGAAUACAGCUGCCAGGGAAUUUAAACCCGAUGGACAGCCCCAAUCAGAGUCCGAUUUAUCUUCAGCACCAGCUUCUGAGGAUGUGCAGCCGGAAGCAGAAUCCGAGGAAGCUCCCGAACCCACUCUUGAGGAUGCAGAGCCCGAACCAGAGCCUGACAAUUCUUGCAGACCAGUUUCCGAAGAUGGAAACCCUGAAGUGGUCUCUUCUGAUGCUCCCACCGCAGCUCCCGAGGAGGCAGAUCAUGAGCAGAUCUCUCCUUCGCCCACACCAGUCUCUGAGGAUGUGAAGCCCACACAAGUAUCCGCCGCUUUUUCCAAGCCAGUUUCUAAGGAAGUGGAACCGGUAUAUUGGCCUCAGUCCCACUUGGUUGCGGGCUACUGCGCGUAUCUUCCUUUCCAGGGGUUCGACAUCACCCAGACACCCCCUGCGUUUAUAGGCAUGCUGCCCAGCGUGCCCCAGUAUGCCAACAUAUACACACCUCUGGGCAGCCUUUGUCCUCAGUAUCGGCUGCAGGCAGCAGUGCCGGUGGUGCCAGCUUUUGUCGCCAGUGACAGGCCAGAUGAGAAUGCUGCUGCUCACUUGGAGAGCCACCGUUUGGAUGCUGAGGGUGCCUCUGGGAACCAGAUUGCCUCCGAAACCGAAAUCUCCCAGGACUCUUCAGGAAUGUCAGUAGAGUCACUCUGCAGCCCGAACGAUGCUGACCCAGCCCUUGAUGAGUCCAGGAGCGAUGGUCACUGUGGGAACUCUGCAGAGUGGAAAGCAGAUGCCGAGAGUGACAGUGCAGCAAGGGGUGUUCCGCUCAUGCAGACGGUUGCCGUGCAGGUGGAUUGGAAUGUCACACAUCAAGAGGUCAAUACUGAGCCUUACGAUCCUUUUGAGGCAGAACAGGGGGAGAUUUCACAGAUUGAAAAGGAGUACCAAGUGUUACGGGAGCAGCUAAAGGAAGCAUGUGAAAAUUACGAGCAGGUAAAACUCAAGAGCUCAGAAGAGACCCAGGACCUGGAAGAAAAGUUGAGAAGGAACGUAGAAGAAAGCAAGAUCUCAAAGACAGAAUUAGGCUGGUUCCUCCAAGACCUGGAAAAAGAAAUUAAAAAAUGGCAACAGGAGAAAAAAGAAAUCCAAGAAAGGCUAAAAGCACUGAUGAAGAAAAUUAUAAAGCUUUCACGUGCAAGUGCAAUUAAUACAUUUGCAAAUGAGGAAACAGAAGAGGAAAAGAAAGCGCGUUAUGAAGAGAGCCUUGAGCGAGCUAUGAUUGCAGAGGCGUCUGUGCUUGAAAACUGGAAGGAGAAGGAAGUGUAUAAGUUACAGAUCAUGGAAUCACAAGCAGAAGCCUAUCUCAAGAACCUGAAGCGGGCGAGCAGUGGUUUUGCAGCAUGUUCUGAAAUUGAGUCCAAUAUACAUUCAUGGGAAUCAUUUCUUUCUAAAGUUAGACAAGGAAUUGAGGAUACAGAGUACGAGUUUGAAGAACAAAUUAGUACAGUUAGAAGUGGUUCUCGGCUCAGGGACCUUUGUGAAGUGCAGAUUCCCAAGCUUUCGUUCCCUGCCUAUCGUCUGGUUCGUCUUCUGUCACCUCCUGAGUGUUCAGGCCCUGAAAGCCAAGGCCCUGCAAUAUCUACGAGUGAGGUGACUGGAAGCCAAACCACUGUUCAGGAGGAGCCAGGCCCACCCUCUGCCCGUGACUGCCCCACGGAGGGUCCGUCUGCACCCGAGCCGGCCUCACCCUCCUGUCAGCCUGAGGCCACCCCACCACCAGAGUCUGCUGGGGCUCCCAGCCCCGCUGUUCCAUCAGAACCAGGUCUCGCGGCUGCUCAGAGGCCGCCUGUUCCUGGAGGACGUGCCGCUCGUUCCACCCAGGCUGCCAGGAAGCCGUUCAACAGCAUCAUCGAGCACCUGUCGAUGGUCUUCCCGUGCUACGGCAGCACCGAGCUUGCUGGUUUUAUUAAAAAAGUGCGAAGUAAAAACAAGAAUUCACUUUCAGGAUUGAGUGUUGAUGAAAUUGUCCGAAAAGUAACAGAGCACAUCCUAGAUGAACAGAAUAAGAGAAAGCCAAAUCCAGGAAAAGACAAGAGGACAUCUGAGCCCAGCUCCGAUUCUGGGGGCCGCCAGGGCCAACCCUCAGGGGCUGCCGGAAUAUCACCCAAAACCAAAGGGCAAGAAAUGGAAGAUGGCUCUGCAUCGGGUACAAAUUCCUGUGAAAUAUGCCACGAGGUGCUGAAGUCAAAAAACAUGCGUGUGCUGAAAUGUGGGCACAAGUUUCACAAAGGGUGCUUUAAGCAACGGCCGAAAGGGCAGAGGGCUUGCCCGGCUUGCCGCGGCCGGGAUCGCCCGUCAGAAGCGUAGCCUGCACGCUCUGGAGAGGCCGCCCCGUUAAAAAUCUAGAACCACCUUCCUGCUAUUCUAGGCAGGCACAGCUCACUACAGUGUAAUCUGCUGGUUUGUCAAACUGGAAGACUCACAGUUCCUACAUUUGAUAUGAAAAGCAGACCUGGAGAUUCUUUUACACUGUGUCACAGAGCUAAAAACGGAAAUUUUUAAUGUAGUCAAUAUGAAGUCAUUUUCCCUCUCUGGUUAAACACGUCGAUAAUAGCCAGAUGGUGGCCAGUAAAAUUGUGUGUGUUCACAUUUCUGACAUUGCUGGGCUGCUGCCCAGGGCCUCUUUGGACAUGGGAGGCUUCUUUUAAAGUGUUUUGAGUGCCUCCGAGCAGUGCGUGAACUGUAAAUAUGCUCAACCUGCCAGUGUGCCCCACUGUCCCCUUUUGUGUUUGAAAAAUCUGUUCUACUGGCCCCAUAAGAGGGGUAAUACUGCCUUUCUAAAGACUUUUUAAAUAAGAUUUAGUAUUCCUGAAAAUAAGCCUACAAGUUUCCCUAAACAUUCUGCGUUUAAAAAGUGGAUUUAAGCAAACCACAUUGUAAUAAUUUGUAACGUGCAAAUCAUGAAACACUAUGUGCUGUUGACUUUUCAUUUCAAUUUGUCCCCCCCAAAGAGUGUUUAUUUUAUUUUUCCUUUUAAAAAUGUCAUCUGAUUUUUAAAAAUCAUCUAAAAAACAGUUUUUAUUAGUACAGCGAAGACCUUUUACCUAAAUUUGAGGCUCUGUAGUCAUUACAGCAACCCUGCUUUUAGAACCUAUUUGUUCUAAAAUAGGCUUGAUCUUGUCCUCUCUCUGUUAAUCGCUAGUGUUUGGGAGUCUAGCCAGGGCCUGGCACACACCGAUUCCUGGGGGACACAGUCACCGUCGCUCCCCCUCCUCUUCCCGCCACCAGCAGAGACGCAUGUGUCACUGGGCUCUCCCGAGGUGUCCCUGUUGUAACCGUGUGGUGUUUGACGUUUGUGCACAGUGAUGCAUGUACAGUUGUACUGUGACCUGAGAACAAACCGUAACUACUCUGGAAACUGUUUAAAAAUUAGAUAUCACUUAGUGACUUACAAACAGUGGUAAAUAUAGAAAUUUGAAUUCUGGACACAUUCCAUUUCUCGCCAACAGAAAGGAUCAAACAAUGUGUUCUCUGUUCCACUGUAAACCAAGCCUGUGAGCUGAUUUGGUGCCCCCUCGACUUUCGUUCAUUGUGAGUUUUGAUGUCUUUCUGACUUUGAGCCCAUGCAAGCCCACUCCGUUUUGAAACAGGUUCUCCAUGCAGGUCCCUGUGACGCUGUGUGUGCAGGACGAUGAGGACUGUAGGUAGGGACCAGCUGCAGGGUGCGAGCGUGUUUUGUAUAUAACUGAGUACUUGUGAACAUGCCUUACACGUGUCCAGCAACUUUCAAAAUAAAGAGCAUUCUAAAAGAAUA